AGGAGCAGCUGGUGCGUUCCUGGCAUGCGCUGCUCCCAUCCGAUUUCCCCAGAUUUCCUGCUGGAACGUUUUCUCGGGCCUCAAGUUUUCCUGAGAGGACGACGUGGAGAGUGGAGACAAAGACGCUUAGAAGCCGGGAAAUCGCAGGCUCGGAAGCCCCCACGCACGUCUCUGAACGCAGCCCCCUCUCGGGGCCGCAGCGGGACUAAGCCUGCCGCUUGCACGCUGCCAGCGGCGGGGGCCGCGAGCAGCCGGCUUAGGCCGCUCCUGCAAGAAGACCCAGCCGCUAGGGUUCCAGGGGUCCGCAGACGCAUCAGAAGGGCCCAAGGCGAGGGGGCCCGGCGGACUCGACUGCCACGUGACCGUCCGCGGCCUCAGCGCCCACGUGACCGUGCGUCCGCGGCGUCGAUUGACUGGGAGCUCCCUGGCCACGCCCUAGGCGCCGGGCCCCGGGCUCCGGGGGGCGGUGCUGCUGUUCCCAUGGCGUCCUCCGAGCGCGCAGGCGUGGGCCCAGGGUCGCUUUUCCGGUAUUUGCUACCGUCUCUCGGGAUGGCUGGUCACCUUUGCUUGCUGAGCUUCGCGCCCUGCGUCCUCUGGUCUCCAGCAACUUGCAGUGCAGCGGUCCCGCAUGAGGCCCUCCAGCGAAUGCCCUAAGGCUCCGGAGUUGCUCCGGAGGAAAGCAGGCUUGCCCCGAGAGUCCACGCCCUUACUGCCCGUGCCGUCGUGGUGCCUUGAGGGCACCCCUCUGGGAGGAUCCUUGCAGAGGCCAUGUCCCCUCUCCACGACAUCUAAGCCCAGUCCCAACUUGCUUUUCACGCCUGUCCCCCCGGGGAACGUCUACUGGAUCUCAGGACCGCCCCUCAGCCCCGUGCAUUCCCGAGGUGAAUCUGCAGCGAAACCUCUGUGGUGACUCACAGUUGCUAGCAUUGGUUAUCUUCUUCCUGGCAGAAGGUGGCAGGCUGAUGCUGGCCUCGUUCCUGUGUGUCUGACAAAUCACAAAUGUGAAUUCAGAUCGUCACAGCUGAGUCAUGCUCAGGAUUUCCAUGAGCCCUGCUGGGGUGGCCAGCUGAGCUUCCUUCCCCACAGCCCCCUCCAGCUCUGCAGCACCAGGCACCAGUGUGACUCAUGGGGGCCUGUGGAAGCUGGGGCUGCUCAGUGGGGCUGAGUCUAGGAGGGGGAGAGAGAAAGGGAGCCCAGCAACAAUUACAGCGCAAACGCCGCAGCUGCCACCACCGAGUGCCUCCAGUUGGGAACUGGUUUGUGAAAUUCAUUACCCUAUGAGAUGAGUUUUAUCUCUGUUUCACUCAAGAGGAUUCUGAAGCUCAGGAGGUUGUGAAUGACUCCGGGAAGCACAGCUGAACCUACCCCUAGGAGUGGGAGGAGACCACAACCAAAGAAGCAAAUGGAGACACAGAAUAUCAGAUGAACAGCAGCUACACAGAGAAUGGAUUGGUAAUCUGGUCUUUCCUCUGGCAUCUGGGAUCAACAUUUAUUUAUUAUUGACAGUUAGCCAGAAAAAAACCAAUUAUGAACGAAGAAAAGUCCAGUUCAUUGAAUCCCUGUUUACAUUUAUGUAAAUUAGAAGCACGCUACUCACUGCACUUCCAAAUCGGUGUCCUCAGCAGGAGUUCAAAGAGAUGCUGCUCCCGGACUCAGGAAGUGCACCACUAGGCUGGUCCAUGGACAGUCUUCUGAGCAUGGGCCCCUCUCAGAAACAGAGGCUGUUUCAAGAAUUCUAUAGACACUGCAUUUAUUGGGCAACUGGCAAGCUGAUGUCCCACCUAGUGGUCAGUGGGAGGUAGCCCAUUUCAAGAAGAGAUGAGAAGACAUUGCGUAAUAUCUUCUGCUGGGCAGAGCCUGAAGAACUGUGAGCUCACCCCAUUCUCUCCAUUUACAGAGGCCUGGGCACGUACAGCACAAGCGUGAGGCAUGACAGCUGCAGCAUGCAACAUCCCCUGGCAAUGAGGGUGGGGCUGGUGAGCGUCACUCUCCUGGAGAGAGAAAGAAAGUCAUGAGAUUAAGAGGCAUACCUUUGAAUGGUUUCCCUAAAAUAUAAAAUAUUUCAAAUACACAGAAAAGUUUAUAACACACAACACAUUCCCCACCCAACUCCCUUGAGUGCUAACAUUUUAUCACACUGGCUUUCUAUUUUGUUAAGAAACAAAACAACACACGUGCUGUCAAAGCUCUUAGAAUACCCUUCCACGACCCUUUCUCUUCCCUGUCUUUCACCCAGGGGUAACCAUCAGCUCCAAUUUUGUGUCUACCUUAAAAUUACAAAAUUCAGUUUUGUGGCAUUCAAAAAUUACGCUAACAUCCCACGUGUGAAUCCAUCUUUUUGCAUGUUUUCAAAAUGUAUUUUAUUGAUGACAUGCUGUAUGUAUUUUUUCUAUUACGAAUAAUGCAAUGAACUUUCUUGUGCCAUUUUCCCUAUGGAACUUCUGCAGAAGUUUCUCUAUUACUUUCUUACAUGUGGAACUGCUGGAUCAAAGAGCAAAUGUUUUCUUUCCAGAGGUAUUGUACCAAAUUACCCUUCAAAUCUCCAGGGAUAAGAAGUCCUCGUGCUCUGUAUCUGCACUUAUGUUGAGAUUGUUAGUCUUCUAAAUAUUUUCCAUUUGAUGGUUAUGUAAUGACAUUUCAUACUGCUUUCAUUUGUAGUUUCUUAUUUAGUAGCUAUAUUGAACAUCUUUUUAUGUUUCUUGGCUUUGUAUUUUUUUUCUCUUAUGAAUGGUCUGUUGAUAUCUUUUGCUUUUUAUUUUUGAAACAGGGUCUUGUUCUGUCGUUCAGGCUG